AUGGCUCGCGCUCGGAUCCGAAAGAACCCUCAUCGGCGCAGGAGAGACUACGAGAGGAAGAAGCGACUCCAAGAACUUUGUGCUUUUGUCGAACAGCAGAAUGCCCAGGCCGAUGGCACGGGAGAUGGCGCUGGGCCAGCCGGCACUGCCCUGCCCUCGGACAAGGACGCACCCGGCCCAAAGACCGCAUCCACCACCGAUCAGAAGACGCCUCCCUCGGAGGCUAAGCAGCGGUGCAAGCACCGCAAAGUCCCCGACCGCCACUACUAUGAUCGCCCUGAAAAGAUGGAGCGCCAGUAUCUGGGCUUCCAGCGCCGCGUCACAUCCGUCGUUGACGAGAAGAUUGCGAAGGGGUCCGCCACCCUCGACAAGUGGAAGCGGGAUGCCGGUGCCUUCAUGGACAAGUUCAAGCGCAAGGAGGAGGAGGAGCGGGAAGCGAUGGAACGUGACCUGCGCAGGAUCCGACAAAACCACUGCAUGCGGCUCGAAGUUCACGAAAGACGGAUCGACCGCCUGUCGAAGAGAUUUGAAGAGAUCAGGAAACAAUGCGCCAAGUCGAGCAACUGA